GGGGCUGGGCAUAUUCAUGGAUGGGGACGAGGGCUUCGUUCUCCGUUGUCGUCGUCGUCGUCAACCUCAUGGCAAGACCUUGUGACGGCAAUUUGGUGCAUUGCUCGGAUUUCGGGGACUGAUUGCAUCGGGGGCUGUCGAGGUUCUCGAAGAUUCUGCGCCGCCUGCUGGUCUUCCGCUGCCGCGCGAUCGAAUUCGGGUUGUCGAUCGAGGACUGUGCUCGCCUUGCAUCGAGAAUUCGGAGGAGUUGACCUAGAGCCGGAAUGUAUGGGUGCGAAUUGUAGAGCCUCGCUUUAGAGCUCGAGGAGGUUCGGUCGGGCUCUUGGCAGCUGCGGCGGGAGAAGCUUCCAAUUUCUCCGCCCGUGGAAGCUUUUCGGUGUUCGCGUCCUCGCACUCUGCUGCCGCGCCGCUCCGCUCCCUCGCCCUCGUCUCGUUCUGCCUCGAAUUGCACAGCGGCAGUGGCAGUUGCUGUUGGCCGAAUUGUGUCUCCCCCUUUCGGAGGAAGCAAGAGUCGAGAGCCGACAUUGGAGCCAGCCAGCCAGUCAGACCUGGGACGAUCGACCUUCGGCGAUCAUGACCAGGCCCUCGCCGCCCACGGAGCCGUGCUCGAGCCGAAGCGCGAGCGCAGAGGCGGCAGACGAGUCGUCGGGACUGUCGUCCACUUUGUGGAGGAGCUUUCCGGAGGAGCUGCUGGAGCGCGUGUUCACCAAAGUGCCCUUCGAGAGCCUGGUGCGACUGCGGCGAGUGUGCAAGCGAUGGAACCAGCUGAUUCACGCCAACGAAAUCCCGUACCUGGAGAAUCCCUCGCCCAAAUGCGUGCCCGUGCACUUCGGCCGAGGCUCCUUCUCGACCUACAACUCCAUCACCAAGGAUUGGCAGGAGCAGCCGCUCACCUUCCUGGAGGUCGACCUGCUCACCAGCGGCCUCUGCCUGAUCGCCACAGCCGGAGGCCUGCUCUGCUUCUCGACCUACGCGCCCGAGAAGCUCGUCAUCUGCAAUCCGCUGACCCGCAGGUUUAAGGAGAUUCUCAUGCCCGACCCGGCGGUGGGCGAGUCGCCAUUCCCGUGCCUCUACACCAUCGACCGGAUUCAGGUGGCCAUGGGGGCCAACGCGGCCACGGGACAUUACGAGCUCGUGGUGGUGGUGGUGUCGGAGUGCGACGGCAGCGGCGGCGAUGGGGUGAAUGCGGGGAUUCUUCGCGGCAGGCUGCUGGUCUACGACUCGGGGUCGCAGUCGUGGAAGAAGCGAGCCGAUGUGCCGCGAGACAUUCUGUUCUGGCUCGGCGGAAGCGUGUACUGCAGCGGGGCCUUCUUCUGCCUCGCGGCUCUGCUUCUCGUGCCGGAGGAUGGAGCUUUGUGGGAGUGGAUGCUGAUGAAGUACGACCUCGAGAGGGAUUGCUGGAGCGUCAUUCCUGCGAUCGGGGCCCACGUGUGGAUGGAUCACGCCCGAAUCGUCGAGCACCGUGGCAGCGUCUUGCUGAUCACGAAGUCUAGCUCCAAUAUCUCCAUCUACAAGCUCGACGAGUCGUGCUCCAGCUUGUGGAUUCACCUCAAGGAUCUUCCCCUCAAUGUCUUCGAGGACCUGAGAUUCCGAACUCGCUUCUCUUACCGCCACGAUAUUUGGUGGUGCAUUUCCAAAUCCGACUUCCUCUUCAUCAUAGAUCCGUGCAGGGAGAGGUCGUGUGGAGGCUUGAUCGUCCUCGUCCACAAUCUGUCCGAGAACUCUUGGGACUGGAUUCCGAUGCUGGAAGGCAACUACGAUCCACACCAUUUGUGUGCAUUCGAACCGUCUCUGGCUCCGCCAUAGCUUAGCUGCUGCUCCGGUCAGUCAGUUUUGUCGCCACCGUCUGAAUUCUUCACAUGUCGAAAGCUAUUUGUCGAAUUGCCAGUCCUCAAAUCUCCGAGUCCGAAUCAGGAUCAUCAUCAAUCAGAUUUUCGACAUGAGGAGGCUGGAAGGUUUAGCCAGCGCAUGCAAGGGUGCCGUAGACGUAGGCUUAGUUUUUACUGAUCUGAACGCUUUGGAUCCACGCGUUCAGAUGGUGCCUCUCUUUCUUUUGAUCGCCGAGGAUGAAUAUAUUUCUCUCUACGGGAUGUCAGAAAGGGCCGCUCGAAGAAGGCGGCGGAAGUGUUCGAGGUGGCCCUUGGAGUCGGAAGUGUGUUUGUUCGCAGCAGCAUCGUGAUGAGCUCAUGGGCAGUUUUCUCUUUGUGUACAGACGGCCGCUUAAGAUGAACGUCGUGAACCUUGGAUGCCUACGGUGGAGACUUGGAAGACUAGUUACUGAGCUUUGAUUGAUUCGUGUUGAAGACCGCCUUCGGAGUUCAUGCUUAGAUUUGAUCGUCACUUUCGUGAGCUUUGUACACUAGCUUCACAUGUGCAUUCUGUUGCCUGGGAUCCAACAAACAAACAAACAAAUAGACAGACCGAGCAGAUCCAACAUGUGCUCGCUCUCGGAUCACAUCUUGGAUCUGUUCAGUCGAUUGUAGACUGCGCAUGCAGGCUUUUCAGUUCUCCUGUAAAUUCAUGAAGUGUAUCUUCUCAGUGAGACAACGUCUUCGUCUUCGGACCCACGGUUUCAUGGAUGCGAUGUGCUCAGUGCAGGGCACCAAUGGCAAUGGCCAUGGCUGUAUUAUAGGCUUCGGACUUCGGACGGUUAAAAUUUUCCAACUGUCUGGCAUCAUUGUUUAAAGCAAGCAAGCGAGAAGGAGGACAGUUGGUCUAAAGUUGGCAUGCCAGUUGAUGGGUUUCUUUAUAAAAUGUUCUCCAGAUUGGAAAUUGACAUUU